GUAUUGAUUCGUUUCUGAGGAAGAGAAGGUGAAAACAUGCCGAGAGUACGAGUUCGUUCGUUUUUGGCCAGAUCGAAGCUAGAAAUUACUCCUCUUCGAAAUGAAAAGAAGGAUGCUAUACCAGAGGAGCUAAAGAAAUAUAAUGAAAGAGUAGACGCUGUAUUCAGCUCGAUGAGUGUAAUUAAUAAAGCGCUAACAAAGUUAUACGAAGGUCCCAACUUGACAACGGAAAAACAAAAGAAAUAUGCCGAGCAUAGACUAUCUUUAGCAUUCCACGAGACGGCCCAUACUUUGAGCAACGCUUCCAUUGAUCAAAAUAUUAAUAGUCCUUUAGUUCAAGUAGUAUCACAAAUGGCUGGCUUAGAAGCAAAUUUAGCGAAUAAAAAAUUCCUUUUCGAAAAACAAAUUCACGAAGCUGUUGUAAAAGAUAUUGGAAAUAUUCUUAAGAGUCAGCCCCAAAUACACAAAUCGCGGUCCCAAUUGAAAAAGGCCCAGCAAGAAUAUGAAAUGGCCGAAAAUAAACUGACAUCGGCCUCUAGGCAAACGAAUGCUCAAUCUCAGAAUAGCGAAAAAAUAGCUACUUUAGAGAAAGAGAGGAACGAUGCCUUAAAUUCAAUGGAACAGUUAAGAAAUGAUUUAGGUACUGAAUUAUAUGAAUUUACUGCAAAGGAAUCUUCACAUUGUGAAUUGUUUACGAAAUUAGUUCACCUGCAAGAAACAUACCAUAAUGAUUGUUUAAAGAUUAUCAAAGAGAAUUUAGAGAUAAUUAAAAAAAACAACGAGGAGGCAAAAGAAGAGCCAUCAUUUGGUAGAAGAUUAAAAGAUCAUUGUGAUAAAGAAACUAAAAUUGCAUUCGUUAUACAAAAGUGUUGUGAUCUUAUUAGAAAUAAUGGCGGUCUGACUGAAGAGGGUUUACUAAGAGUGCCUGCAAGUACUUCUCGUCUCAAGAGAUUCAAGGCUGCUUUGGACGUGAAUGCCGACAAUUUUGAUAAAAGUAAUUUUGAUGUUCACACGGCAGCUGCUGCUUUAAAACAUUACUUAAGGGAACUUCCUGAACCUCUUCUUUUAUCGGGAAACUACGAAGAUUGGACUAUAGCCAACUCAGAAUCCGAUAUUGAAAAGCGUAAAGCAUCUUUUAGAAAGAUUAUCAAUAAUCUACCGGAAAGCAAUAGAAAAAACAUUCAAUUUCUCUUCCAAUUUUUAAAGGACGUAGAAAUAAAUCAAGGGGUAAAUAAGAUGACUGCAAGAAAUUUAGCAAUAGUCAUUGGACCUAAUCUAAUGGCAUAUGGAACGGAUGAGAAGGAAAGAUUUAUCAGUACUCAACUAGGUUCAACAGUUACUGAAUUUUUGUUGACCAAUUACGAUUAUUUCUUCAAUACUAAAAUUGUACAAGAAUCAUUCAAGCCUACGUCUGCUAUUGUUCCACCACCUAGGUUAACAAGGUCGAUAGAUAGGGCUGACCCAACCUCAUUUCAUAAAGAAGCCCACGGAUGUUUGGACAGACAAACGAGAAUAGCAACAAGUAAUCACUCAUCACUAAGUUUUUCAUCAUCAUUGACAGAUUCUUCGGAUUUAAAUGUAGUCAGGAAAAAGCAAACAGCUCCUCUCCCUCCCGAUCAGAAAAAGAAACUGUCUUUAUCUCCCACGAAUAGUAGUAGCUCAGAAAGUACAAGUACAAAAAACCCUAAUAAUCACUCAAUGGAAAAGGAAAUAACAUUGGACGUAUCUUCAAUAGAAAGUACUGAAAUUCUGGAACAAAACCCGAGACCACUAACACCCGAUAAACCACUUAGCGAAGAUAACACAGCUCCAGUAAAUUCCGAUGUUUUCGAAAUAUCUGAUUCACCAAAGGAGGCAAGUACACAGAUAGAGAAUACUUAUUUAUAA